CAUCCAGGAAGUUGUCUGCGGCCACAGUUUUCCUUCCUGACAGACGGACCGGGACUCAUCCACGAACUGAGGGAGUUGGCUAAUUGUUAACAGCGAAAUUUUAUCCAUUAUCGAAGAACGGCGUUUCUUUGAUGAGGAGAGAGGAAAAUGGAGGUGGACUCAGUGUUCUACACUGAUCGCAGUGGACGCGCUACCAGUAACCCACUGCUGGAUCAGCUUCCCAGCUACCAGUCUCUGCUGUACCGUAGGAAGUCGGCCAGCACCAAGCGAAGGAGCAGCUCUCGAACGCGGCUUAGCUCCUCUGGUAGUGGGAAAUGGGGCAUGAACACAGUCAUCAGGCAUGAGGAGAAACAGAGGAGUGAGAUGCAGGAGAGACCUGUGAAAGAGCUGCCCAAAACCAUGGCAGAGAAACGGCAAGACAAGGUGCAGCGUCUGGAGCAGGAUCUAGAGCUCAGUCAGUGGAGACAGUGGAGGCAAAGCACCCGUCGGACUCUCAGGAGGCUGAGAGAAGAUGCCCAAGAAUGGUUGAGCUCCCUGCAGCUCUGGAGGGGAGACAUCCACCUCAUAGAGGGCAUGUUUGGUACUGGGAUCUUGUCUUAUUUCUCUUUCCUGCGCUUCCUGGUCAUGCUCAACCUGGUCAUCUUCCUGCUCAUGUUCAGCUUCGUCAUAUUGCCCAUCAUCAUCGCCCCGUAUGCUUCAGGGAAUGUCACCUACAACCUGGACGAUGGUAGCGUGUGCAGUGUGUACCCCAGCAGCGCUCGUCGAGGUCUGGUCAUUUUUCACGAGCACAUUACGGACCUGCUCUCCGGCGGAGGCUUUCUGGAACAGACCUACCUUUUCUAUGGCUACUACAAGGUGGACAGCAUUCAGUUCCCAAAAGUCACGUACAACCUGCCUCUGGCCUACCUGCUCGUCACUGUAGCAUACCUCUUCCUCAGUCUCAUCUGGAUUGUUAAAAGGUCCGCCACAGGUUUCAAACGUAACCUGGUGCAGGACGAGGAUCGAUUUCAGAGUUUUUGCAAUAAGAUCUUUGCUGGCUGGGACUUCUGCAUCACCAACGAGAAUGCUGCAAGGCUGAAGAGGAGCAGCCUGCUCUAUGAGCUCAAGACAGACCUGGAGGAAGAAAGAAUCAAGCGGAAAAUAGCAGGUCGCACCCGCAAGGAGAAGUGUCGGAUUUAUGUCAUCCGCCUUAUUCUCAACAUUUUUGUGAUAGCUGCACUGGCUGCCUGCUUCUACAGCAUUUACAGAGCCACAGUCUUCUCCCAGAAAGCCCAGAUGAAAAAGGAGAAUUUCAUUGUGGAUCUCAUCUAUGAGUAUCUGCCCUCCAUUGUUAUCACCUUGGCCAACUUCAUCACUCCCCUCCUCUUCUCUGUUAUCAUCAACUAUGAGGAUUACUCUCCCGCCUUUGAGAUCCGCUUCACUCUCAUGAGGUGUGUGUUCAUGAGGCUGACCAGUAUCGGGGUUCUGCUCUUUUCUCUCUGGUCUCAGAUCACCAAGUGUAAAGAGGAACCCUGCGUCUGUGGUUACAACCACGUGCUUUACUCUUGUUGGGAGACCCGUGUGGGCCAGGAGAUGUACAAACUCACCAUCUUUGACUUCAUUAUCAUCGCUGCAGUCACCAUCUUUGUGGAGUUUCCCAGAAAGCUGAUUGUGAACCACUGUGACUGUGGGCUUGCCAAGUGGUGGGGCCAGCAGGAGUUUGCCAUCCCUCAGAACGUGCUGGAGAUCGUCUAUGGUCAGACUAUCUGCUGGAUCGGCACCUUCUACUGCCCCCUGCUGCCCGCCAUCUGCACCAUCAAAUACUUUUUUAUCUUCUACAUCAAAAAGGUAUCUCUGAUAAACAACUGCCGCCCGGCCACGCGUCCCUUCCGAGCCUCCAGCUCCAACUUCUUUUUCCUGGGUGUGCUGCUGAUCGGCCUCACUCUGGCCUGUCUGCCUGUGGCUGUCAGUGUAGGACAGAUACAGUGUUCCCAGGCCUGUGGUCCGUUUGUUAACUACACCACGUCCUGGGAGGUGCUGCCCAGGACGGUAUCCCAGCUGCCCACUGGGGUCCGCAGGUUCCUCUUUGCCCUCUCCUCAGAGGCCUUUGCUGUCUCCUUCUUUGUCAUUACGUGUUUGGCCAUGUUUUAUGUUAUCGCACUGGCUGGAGCUCACAAGAGAGUCAUUAACCAACUCAGGGAGCAGCUAGCCAUGGAGGGACGUGACAAGCGUUUCCUGAUCCAGAAACUGUGCCAGGCCCAAAGGCAAUCAGCCAUCAGAUCCCCUGGCUCUGCGUCCAAAUCCCCGACACGUGCCAGCAGAGGUAGCUCCAGCUACCACACCAGCUUCGCCAACAAUUACACUGAAGGGGUGUUCCUGGCACACUCACCUCCAGACUCCUCCACACAUGUCUAACCAGAGGGCCUGGUGUCACAAUCCAAUAAGCAGAGUGGAACAUGCUUAGGCUGCCUAACACUUUACUGCUCUUCUGGACUGGAGACAAAUGAAACGAUGGUGUUUUAAAUGUUCCCAGAUAUUCUUUGUUUUUGGAGAUUCGAGGGACCCUGUGACGUUAGUGUCUGACUGGAUGUUAAAGCCACAUGAAAAUUUGCUUCAUCAGUGUUGUUUUGUUGAUUAUUUGUUUGUUUUUGUUACAAUCCAAAUAAUGUAUAACUAAUAAGAGGACAAGAUAUUGAAAAAGUUUGGGACCAUAAUAACUGUUGUUGGUCAAACAUUUUGUGGUGUUAUUUUUCCUACUGCAUGGACUAUCAUCUUUUCCUUCCAAGAAGGACUGUUAUAACCACUGGAGUUGUUUGAAAUGCCUUUCUGAAAAGGACUCAGCUUUUCUGUUACACACUGCGCAUAUUUUUAUGCACUUUAAAUGUAUUAACACUAGAACUGCCUUGUUUUUUAUAACUGUAUUAAUAACUCAUUUGUUUACAUCUAUUUUAUGUAAGUGUUCUGUUUAAAUCAAGCAUUUAAUUACCAUCAGGUUGCACGUGAGACAAACUGGCUUUCCUACUACAGAGCUGUAACAAUUUAAAUUUUUUUCCCAUCACUACUACCAUUCAGUUCUGCAUUUUAUAUUAGGACUAUUAGGAUGGUGUGACUUUGUAGCUGGCAAUAUAAAGAUUAAUAGACGGGUUUGGGGAUUUUAUUUUCUGAUGGUGUGCCUUAAUAUUGGAUUAUUUUCAUGGAAAAUAAACAGAAACCUGUCUUGAGUAAUGUU